AUGAGCCAGGAAUACCAGAAGGGUAAAGGCAAAGAUGUCCCUUUAGGGGACGGCACAAACCCUCACAGCCGAUCGAAUCGUCCUCAAUAUGUCACCGUCGGGUCCGGUUCAACCUCAGAAAGCGCUGGUCGACUACAGGCUCUUCUGGACAAUGACUCGGGAUACGAAGGAAGUGGGAGAGAUGGAAUCAAUGGCGUGCCAGCGUGGAAUCCUGCACUGACCGAGGACCGACCAACGCCAGAGCAUUCUCCAAUGCCACUGUCGUUGGGUCAAAGCAAUGAAAUUGCGGACAACGAUAGGAGGAUCCAGGCAAACGCGAUACAUCAACUAUGGUACAACCAGCAUCGCGUGGCGCUCGGGAGGUCAAUAAACAGAGUAGUGGAGACAUUGAAGUCAUUGCAAGAAAUGAAUGCUUCAUGGCCUGCAACAUAUCCCUCAGUCCAACGCUCCGAAUCAUCAACACCACAGAGAGGGGACCCAAGGCCUGGCUUGGUACACACGAAUACCACCGUUGGAGAAGGUUCAUCGAUAUCACCACCGCCUCGGCCGGGAACCAUAAGACGAGCCCAAACCUCCAUUGGCGAAGACAGCACCGAGGCCGAAUCCAGCAGGGCGGCAGAGCAGAGGGUGCCGGCGGAACCUCGACUGAUUACAGCUCAGAUUGCGCAAGAAUUUUCGAUAUUGAAAUUGGAUCUGAAAUUAGGAGCUCUGAAUCAGGUAGAGUUAGUCCACUCGCUAGAGAAGAAUUCAAUAGCCUCUCUCCUGGAUGGGAAGAUUACGACGAGUAUCAAGCAUCUUUUAUCCCUACGCGAACGAAUAGAGGAUACCUCAAGCAAGGUGCUAGUGACGGGGGAUUUGAACGCCGGCAAAUCCGCGUUUUGCAAUGCCCUUCUUCGUCGCAAGGUCCUUCCUGAGGACCAACAACCCUGUACGAGUAUCUUCUGCGAAGUUCUGGACGCAAGAGAGAAUGGCGGGAUUGAGGAGGUUCAUGCGAUCCACAAGGACGCGGUAUAUAAUCGGCAUGAUGAGAGCACAUAUGAUGUUUUCACACUGAGCGACCUCGAGAAGAUCGUUAUCGACAAUGAUACCUACACGCAAUGCAAAAUCUACCUCCAAGACGUACGCUCAAUCGAUGAAUCAUUACUCAAUAAUGGCGUGGUGGAUAUAUCUAUCAUCGAUGCUCCUGGUCUGAAUUCCGAUACCACCAAGACCACCGCUGUAUUUGCUCGGCAAGAGGAGAUUGAUGUUGUGGUAUUCAUCGUUUCAGCGGCAAACCAUUUCACCCAAACCGCCAAGGAAUUCAUUUGGGCUGCCGCAGCAGAAAAGGCCUACAUUUUUAUAGUUGUCAAUGGAUACGACACUAUUAGGGACAAAGAGCGCUGUCAGAAGAUGAUUCUAGAGCAAGUGGGCGGCCUGAGUCCAAGGACUUUCAAAGAGUCCUCAGAACUGGUCCAUUUCGUCUCUAGUAAUGCAAUUCCAACCGCGCCGCCACCACCUCCACCUGGUGGGAAUGGAGGCGGCGGGAGUUCGAGUGGCGGAGAUGGCCCUGGUUUUGAUGACCCGGAUCCUAAAGGAAAAGGGAAGGAUAAGGAGAAGAUCCAGGAUUUUGAGCACCUUGAAAGGUCUUUACGGCGGUUCGUCCUCGAGAAGCGUGCUCGGUCAAAAUUAGCACCGGCCAAGACCUAUCUCGUGAAUUUGCUAGGCGAUAUACACACUCUAGCGACUGUCAACAAAGACGUUGCCCAAUCUGAGCUCGACAGGGUAUCAAAAGAGCUACAAGAUUUAGAGCCGAUACUUGAAGCUUCCAAGAAGGCCAAAGCAGAGGUCAGCGACGACAUUGAUCGAACCAUCGAGGCCACAUGCAAGGAUAUCUACGGCCACACUCGAUCCACUCUGACAUCCUCAAUUAAUCAAGCCGCAAACGAUGACCUGGGCGUACCAUACCCUGGUUUGUUAUAUGCAUUUGAUUAUGCAGACAGUCUAAAGGAAGCCAUGCUAUCAGAGAUCUCGGCCUCGGUCGCGGCUUGCGAGGAGCAUGCUCGGAGGAAGACAGUAGAAGGUGUAAACUCAAUUAAGCAACUGGGUCUCCUACAUCUGGGGAAUGAGUACACCAACUUGAGUUUCAAAAGCGAUGUUAUGUUCCAGCGGAAGAGAGACAUUCUUGCCAGAGAAAUUGAGAUUGAAACUGACCUGUGGGAUUUCUUCGAUUGGUCGACCAUCCUACAACGACAAGAAAAGUUUGCAGGGGCAGGUAUGGCUUUGACCGUUGUGACUGCUGUGGGUGGGCGCAUGGUAGGUGGAUUUGGCUGGAUUGACGGUGCUCUGGGAGCAGCGAAGGUGGUUGGCCAUAACAACCUCCGGAAGCUGAUCAUCCCAGGAGUCAUCGCAGCAGCCAUUACCGCCACAGUUUACAUCCUCAACCAAAUCCCGCAUUCCCUUCCCCAGCGCCUCUCCAAUAAAAUCUCUACCCAACUCGCUACAAUUGACUACGUUCACGCGAACAGCGACCGUAUCUCCUCUUCCGUUCGCAAAGUCCUCCGCUUUCCAGCCGAUAACUUGCGCGUUGGUCUCCAACGCUCCGUCGAACAGCUUGGUUCCAAACGGGAAGAGACACGCAAGGUCAGAGGCGAGAGCGAGGUUGCGAGAAAGUACUUCGGCAACUUGAUUAAUGAAAGCGCGAAGAUUAAGAAUACGGUGGAGGCGAUUGAUUUAGAGGGUCCGGCUCCGGGCGUGGCAGCUGCUUAUGAUGCUUGA